AGAAAAAAAAACUUUAUGAUCGUCUUCCCAGCAAAACCCAACUGUAAAUUCCAUACCCUUGUUUUUAACUUUCCAUCUCUACUUUUACUCGUACAAAUGACGAAACGUAAAAUUACCAGUUCCAGAAAGUCGAAAAUGGCGGGAUCAGCGUUGGCCAUAAACACCACCAACAAGGAGAGUGAAAACCACGCAUGCGACGAAUGGCAGAUCGAAUACGCGCGUUUCGUCAACUGCAGCUCUUCCGCUUUUAACAGCACUCAUCCUUCUCUGGUGCCGGUUCCGAAGAGUCGCCUCCGCGGCGCCUGGAUUUCCUCGUCCAUCUCCGCCUCCGUGAAGCUUAUCUACGAGAGAACCUCUUCCGGAACGGAUGAUGCGGUUCUCGUCCUCUCUCUCCAGUCGAAAACCCUUGAGGUGCAUUACAUCUCGAAGAUGUAUUUCUCAUGGCCUCAAAUAUCAUGUGUGUCGGGGGUUCCAGCCAGGGGAAGCAGGGCUGUUUUUUUGAGCUAUAAAGACGGUGCUGGCCAGAUGCAGAAAUUUGCCUUGCGGUUUUCAGAUAUCUGUGAAGCAGAAAAAUUCAUGACAGUUGUUAAGGAAAUCUUGGGAUAUGGAAGUCGUCCACUUCUUCAAUGCCCUGAAUUGAACUCUGAAAUGUCAUCUCAAGCUGAGGCCAUCUCUUACGCUCUUAUACCCAACUGCGCUGGUGAGCUGAUGUACACAGAUUCAUUCGAUGAAGCACCAAAGAUGGAGCCUGUUUUCCGUCCAGGUCAGAGUACCCAACUGAUGCUUACAAGCAGUGCAUUUGAAGCAACUCAAGAUUCAAAGACACUUGAAGGUGUAAAGCCUGAGGCUGUAUAUCCUCCAAGUUUCGCACAGUUGGUCAAUAGCUGCCGCCCUGCAGUUACUAAAGAUUCUUUGCCCUCAUCUGUCAUCACUGAUCACCUACGUGCAGCAAUAAAGACAGGAUCUGGAGAACUAAGCACUGAAUUUGUGCAAUAUCUGGAAGGAACUCCUUUCAAAGAGCUGCUGGCGACAGUAGAGCAUGUCAUUAGCCAGUUAGGAGAUGACGUGGUGAUGUAAGUUGAAAUAUUUCGAUACUGCAAACUAGGUUUGUAAUGAAUAGAAUUUCAGUGUUUUCAAUCAGAAUUCAGCUUCAAUAAGAACUCCCUUAUCUUUAGCA